GUUGUUGUUAAUCUUUCUUUCUUUCUUUCUUUGUUUUCUCUGCGAUUUUGAGGGAGAAAAGAUGAAGGCACCAAACAUGGAGACGAUAACAAAGUCUCUGGAGAAAUCGAUGCAGAAUUGUUCUCUGAGUGAUCGGAGAAGAAGAGUCGGAGAUGGUUUUGGGAGAUCAAAGGAAGAGAGCAACGAGCAUAUUCCUCCGAUCUCAGACAGAACAUUGGAGCUCAAUUCUCACUUAUCUCUUCCUUGUCACUGGGAACAGUGUCUUGAUCUCAAGACAGGAGAGAUUUACUAUAUAAACUGGAAAAACGGAAUGAGAGUGAAAGAGGAUCCAAGGAAAGUGAUGAAUGCAGAUAAUGACAGUGGAGAAUCAUAUGGAACCUUGUGCUCAGAAGAAGAUAGCUCAUAUUACGACAGUGAAGAGUCUUCAUCAGAGUCGUCUCCAUCAUCAAGAGAGAAUCAGAAAGAGGAAGAAGAAGACGAGGAGGAAGAAGAAGAAGAAGAUGUGCUUGUGGUUGCUGGAUGCAAAGCUUGUUUCAUGUACUUCAUGGUUCCUAAGCUUGUCGAGGACUGUCCCAAAUGUGCUGCACAGCUACUUCACUUUGAUCGACCUCAUUCUGCUUGAAACACGUACCCAUGCACUCGUUUCUUCUUUUUAUUCAGAUGAGAAUUUGUUUAGGUUUCCUCUUUCUUUCUUUCUUUAAUCUUAUAUUGUUAUAACUUAGUGGUCUCUCUUGUGAGUGGCAUUAUCAAUGGCAAUGUUUCAGACAUAAAAA